UUGUAAUAUUUAAUUGUUAAUAAAGAAAUAUUACUUUGAUCUAUUUCUUAAUAGAUAAGGGAAAGAAUUAAAACGAUAUUGAAAACAAAAGAUUUGAGAAACGAUGAUUGGACAUUUAUAAGCGCGCGGAUUAAAACUGUCCAGUCGUUAUCCAGCUUUCUGAAGAAAAGCGUACGUGUCAUCAACGACGCAUUUGUGUUUGGAAAACGCUCAUCGAUUGUGACAAGCUUUAUGAUUUCAUUGUUUACGGAAUCAAGAAAAACUUGAAUUAAAUGAAUGGAAUAUCUUUUAAAAUAAUGAGAAUCAAUACAAAUGCAAGAAUAAUAUUAUCAAGUUGAAAGAAUUCUAAAAUAAAAUAAUUAUUUAUUAUUUAUUAAUAGCAUUGACAGAAUAAAAUUGACAAAUACUUCAAAUGUCUCUUGACGAUGAUUUUGAAAGACCAUUCGAGGAAUUUGAACCAUUACAAUGGGGUGCACUUAGAGAAUUAUGUCAUGCUAAUAAAGACUAUUUUUCAACGCAUCAAGAUGAAAAUGGAUCAAAAAUCCGAGCUAGUCUUUUGGCAAUAUUGGAUCACUUAGAAAAAAUGCAACCAUUAUACAAAGAAAUCUCAAAAUUUGCACCAAUGUUUGACUUUGAUGAACAAACCCCAGGAAAUGGAUAUAGAAGUUUUUUAUUGUUAGUUGACAGAGGUAUUAUGCACUCUGUUACUGUAUGCCGUCAAAUGUAUUGUCAAAAAGAUUCCUUCCUAUUUCGUAAAAGUUAUUAUAUGCGCGAAGUUGAAGCUUGCUCUCAAUUGUUAGCAUCUUUGUACACUUGUCUACAAUUUUUGAAAACACUUUUCUCUUGGAGCGAUCAAACAAAGGAUGGAAAAUUAUCUCUGUUCUCUUCUAAUGAACACAGUCCCCAAGAACUUUUAAAUCAAACGGAAAUUGUUAAUCAAUACUGUUUUUAUGGUAGAUGUUUAGGAUUCCAGUUUGGUGAUAACAUAAAAAACAUUUUAAGAACUAUAUCUGUCUGUUUGGCCUCGUUCAGCGAAAUUUAUUAUUCUAAUGGAACAUUAUUUGGACGAUGGACUAAUUCCUUAAAAUAUGUAAUGGAUCCAGAAGCAAGAGCACGUCGUAUUAUCCAUGUAUCUCAGCAUGCAGAUGUUUCAUUUUGUCAAUCUUUCUGGUUUUUAAAUGAAACUGAAAUAUUAUGCAGUUCAGUAUCAAUGGUCGUACCAUUAAGUAUAAAUCAAGUUAUAUCUAUACCUCCUGAAGAAUUAACACUCGAUACGCUUGAUGGAGGCAAAAUUUCUAUUCCAAUACCAAACAGUCAUAUUGGAAGGAAGCCGAUACAUGUCCGAUUACUUAGUGCUGUGCGUCGUGUUGGAAUGGUUGGAUCAGCAGGUACUGGAGGAGAAUUACUUGGCUUAUCUGAAAGUUUGAUUAUUCAUUCUCAUGGAGGAGGUUUUGUAUCACAAACUUCCCGUUCACACGAAUCUUAUUUACGAACAUGGGCAGUUAAAUUAGGUGUACCUAUUUUAAGUAUAGAUUAUAGUUUAGCACCAGAAGCACCAUUUCCUCGUGCCCUUGAAGAAAUAUUAUAUGCUUAUGCAUGGUCAUUGAAUCAUGCCAGCACAUUGCUUGGAAGUACGGCACAAAAAGUAAUCCUUAUUGGAGAUUCCGCAGGGGCUAAUUUAAACUUAGGAAUGACUUUAAAAUGUUUACAAAUGAAUAUAAGAAAACCAGAUGGUAUUUUUAUGGCAUAUACACCAAUUUUAAUAGAAUUUGUAACAUCACCAUCACGAUUAUUAAGCCUAACAGAUCUGUUGUUACCUUUUGGUUUUAUGAUGCGAUGCCUAAAAGCUUACACUGGUUCUAGAGAAAAAAGUCAAAAUGGCGAUGAAGUCGUAAAAUCGGAAACUGAAUCGUUUGCAGAAGUUAGUGAGAGCGAUCUCAUAGCAUUGGCUCUUAGUCCUAAUGGGGAUGAAACGAACGAUGCACAUAAACUUGCCUCACUUCCAUCUGAUUCAACAUUAAAUUCUGUAAGCCUAGCUGAUGUUGACGGAAUAGAUCAUCCAAAACAAGAAGUUAAAUCACAAGAAUAUAUCCAAAGAUUUUUAGAAAUGUAUAGAAAUUCAAGCGUAUGUACUUCGGCUCCUGUAUUAAAUAAUUAUAAUGGUACAGAUGACGGUCCUCCAAACAAUGGCAAAGCAUGGUCAUUUUUUGGAUGGCCUAUUGGUGGAGAUAAAAGAGAAGUUAGAGAACUCGAUAUGGAAAGAGCAAAAAGUCCUUCAGAAGAAUUCGCAUUCACUGUUCCGAAAGAUCCAUUUUUAAGUCCAUAUCUUGCAUCGGAUGAUAUUUUAGCUCGUUUUCCGCCCGUCAAAAUUUUAACAAUGGAACUGGAUCCUUGUCUCGAUGAUUGUGUCAUGUUUGCAAGAAAAUUAAAAUUACUGGGAAAUUUAGUCACACUCGACAUAUUAUCCGGUUUGCCUCAUGGUUUUCUCAAUUUAGCACCAAUCUCAAAAGAAGCAUAUGAAGGCUCUGAAGUUUGCAUUAAAAGGAUCUUGGAAUUAUUACAGUUGUAAUUUUAUAUACAUAUAUGUAAAAUUAUACACGUGUGUAUAUGCUAAAAAGCUUUGUUAAUAAUGUGAUAAUUUAUAAAAGUAUUUUCCACCUGGCUUGCGAUUAUUCAAAGAAUGUUCAAAUCGAUCUGCAAGAUCUGGUAAUGUGUAUAUAAAAUUUAUUAUCCAUCGGGA